AUGUUUGCCCACUAUCAUCAACCUAUAAUUCAGGCGCCGGCGCCGCCUCCACCGCCGGCGCCGCCAUCAUCUCCCCAAUUUCGCCUUUCAUUCCCGAAGUUCAGCAGCCAACACUCCCGGCGAGCACCAUUAACAGAAAAGCAUCAAUCAGACCUAUCACCUUCUCAAACUCGAACCACUUCCCCCUUUCUCGGCGGCGGAUUAAAUUCCGGCGACUAUGCUUCAGCACUCGAUUCAUGCAACUGCCUCGAGCUUGGAAAACAGGUCCACGCUCACCUCCUCAAGAACGGGUUUCACGGCAGCGAGUUUGUACAGACAAAGCUACUCAAAUUCUAUGGGAAAUUGGGUUGUGUUGAACAAUUACUCAAGGUGUUCGACAAAAUGCCCGAGAGAAACUUAUACUCGUACACAACCAUCAUAAACGUACUUUUGGUCAACGGGCUUCACGAGAAAGCCUUGACAUAUUUCGAGAGGUUGCUCUUCGAGGAUAUCGUGUUGGAGUUUUUCAUUUUUCCGGUGGCUUUAAAGAUUUGCAGUUCCCAUGGUGGGGUCGAGUUAGGGAGACAGCUUCACGGGUUGUCGGCAAAAAUUGGAGUCUUGCAGCAUAAUUAUGUCGGGAAUGCUUUAAUCGAUAUGUAUGGGAAAUGCGGGAGCUUGAGCGAUGCAGAGAGUGUUUUUGUUAAAAUGCCGAUGAGGGAUUGUGUUUCUUGGAACUCCAUGGUAACGGCUUGUGCUGCUAAUGGGAAGGUAUUCGAAGCGUUGAGUUUUUUGGAGCAAAUGUUAGGGGAAAAUGAUUUGAGACCGAACUUUGUCACGUGGAGUGCUUUGAUUGGUGGGUUUGCGCAGAAUGGACAUGACGCGGAGGCCAUUGGGAUGGUGUAUGAAAUGAGAGCCUCAGGUUUCGAGCCGAAUGCAAGGAUAUUGGCGAGUGUUCUUCCCGCAUGUGCUAGGUUGAGGAAAUUGAGGUUAGGAAAUGAAAUGUACGGAUAUAUCAUGCGACACGGGUUUAUGUCGAGCCCUUAUAUCGUCAAUGGAUUGGUCGAUCUCUACCGGAGGAAUGGAGCCAUGGAAAGUGCUUACAAGGUUUUCUCUAGAUUUUCGGUGAGGGAUGAGGUGUCUUUCAAUACCAUGAUCGCGGGGUAUUGUGAAAAUGGGGAGAUUUCGAAGGCGAAAGAUCUUUUUCAGUGGAUGGAAAAUGAGGGGAAGUUGAAGGACUUGAUUUCAUGGAACUCGAUGAUCUCGGGAUAUGUAGAUAAUCUCAUGUUCGACGAGGCUUUGAGAUUGUUUAUGGAUUUAAUAGGAAGUGGAAAAAUCGAACCCGAUUCUUUUACCUUGGGCAGCGUUCUUAAAGCUUGUGCGGAUAUAGGUUUUCACAAAUUCGGAAAAGCUAUACAUUCAUAUUGCAUAGCCAAAGGCUUUCAGUCAAAUCCUUUUGUGGGGGGAGGAUUGGUGGACAUGUAUUGUCAGUGCCGAGAUCUUGAAGCUGCAAAAAAGGCCUUUUGUCAAGUGAAGGAAAAAGAUAUAGUGAUUUGGAACACCCUCGUUUCUGGUUAUGCUACCUGCAACCAAAUCCAAAGCAUUCAAUCUGUUCUUGAGUCGAUGAAAGAUGAUGGAUUUGAACCGAAUAUAUACACAUGGAACGGAAUAAUUGCAGGUUACGUGGAAAACGGACACCAUGAGUUGGCUCUAAAACUAUUUUCGGAUCUGCAAACUUCAAGUUUGAAACCUGAUAUAUACACAGUUGGAAUAGUUAUACCUGUCUGCUCGAGGCUAGCUUCUGUCGAGAGAAGCAAGCAAAUUCAUGCAUAUGCAGUGAGGUGUGGAUUCGAACGGGACGUGUACAUAAGAGCUGCCUUGAUAGAUACGUAUGUGAAAUGUGGGAUCAUGAAGUAUGCCAAACUUAUCCACAAUGGGACCAAAAACCAUAAUCUUGUCACCCAUAAUGCCAUGCUAAAUGCAUAUGCCAUGCACGGGCAUGGGGAUGAUGGAAUCGAUUUCUUUCGUAAAAUGCUGUUAAAUGGGCUUACACCAGAUAAAGUGACUUUUCUUGCAGUUUUGUCUUCAUGUGUUCAUGCGGGCUCAGUUUCGACUGGACUAGAGUUUUUCAAUUUGAUGGGAUCUUAUGGGGUUAAACCGACAUUAAAGCACUAUACAUGUAUGGUUGACUUGCUGAGUCGAGCAGGAAAACUCAAGCAUGCACACGAGUUGAUCGACAAAAUGCCUAUGAGACCUGAUGCAGUGGUUUGGGGUGCUCUGCUUGGUGGCUGUAUUAUCUAUGGGGAUGUUGAUAUGGGAGAAAUGGCUGCAAAUAAGCUCAUUGAAAUAGAACCGGAUAACUCUGGGAACUAUGUGAUGCUGGCAAAUUUAUAUGCAUCUACGGGUAGAUGGCAUGAAUUGAGAAAAAUAAGGCAACGAAUGAAAGACGAACAACUGCUUAAAAGUCCAGGUUGCAGUUGGAUCGAGGAUAAAGAUGAGACACAUGUGUUUAUGGCAAGGGACAAAUCUCACAAGAGAGCAAAAGAGAUUUACGACAUAUUGGAUAACUUAACAGCACAAAUGAGAUCGGAACAGGUUCAAUUAUUGUAA